GGCAAACUGACCCCUAUACCACCAGGUGACCACCCUGCCACGCCACCGUCUCCUGGCAAACCGUUCCCGCCACCUCUUCCUAGCAAAUGGCCCCCUCAACCACCUCCUGGCAAACUGACCCCUAAACCAUUAGCUGGCCAGCCUGUCCCGCGACCGUUCCCUGGCAAAUGGCAUUCACCUCCUGGCAAACCGGCUCCACCACCCCCUCCACCACGUACGCACCCUUGGAAGCCUUCAGAUCAACCAUCAACGCCUGCGGAUAUACUGCCUCCCUCUCAAGAUGACAUGCCCCCGCCACCAGCGCCUGGAGAUCUGUACCCGGCACCGCCUGCGGACGGAGCGUCCGCGCCACCGUUUCCGGAUGAUUUGCCCCCGCCACCACCUCCGGACCCUGAUCUUUUACAACAGCAACCGGACGAAAUGCCCCCGCCGCCGCCUCCUGAGCCAGAGAACCUCUUGGAGCCUACGGAGCCUUUUGGUCCUGCUGGAACUGCGAACAGGCCGGGUGAGCCAACAGGUGCAGAGGCAGCAGCAGAAUCUGCGCCCGGAGAGGGAAGCGAGAUGUCAGGUAAUGUAGAAGAUAUGAUAGAAGAGGGUUUGAUGGCUCCCCAGGACGAUCUAUGUCUUGUUGUUACGAACUUUGUUGUGCAGUAUGCGGGUGUGGAUGAGAGUGUGCAAACGCACUUCGCAAGUGAAUACACAUGUAUUUCUGGUGAAUCUCAGGUGGGGAGGAGAACAUUUGAGCAUAUUGCACAGCUCAUUAAUGGAGUGCGGGCAGUGGCACCUUCCAGUGACGCUGACCCUAAGUUGGCGGACGCACACAAGCAAAGAGCUGCGCUCCUCGUGACAGUGCUGCAAGGCAUCAUCGACCGCUGCAGGGGCGUCGAGUUGCGCUUCGAUAUAAUGGAAGACUUCGGGACUAUUACCGCCCCUCUAGCCGCCGAGACGGAGACCGGAUUGGAAGGCAUGCCGCCAAGAUCUCUGAGCCGGACACCGAGCAAGCGAGGACGACGGGACAAGCGGAAAAUGGGUUGCUCGUACCUUUUGGAGAGACUCGACAGGCACGUUGGAGGGUGGUGGCGUCGGGCUCAGGAGGCUAAGGAGAAAGAGGAAAAGAAGAAAAAGAAGAAGGAACAGCCGGGCGUUACCCAACGACAGGCGGAGCGUUUGGCGGACUGCCUCGGUGCCUGCCAGCAUCGACUGAGAGAGGACAUGAUGAUACCAGAGAAAUUACUGCAGACCUUCUUAAGUGAGGGGGGGUCAGGGGAGCUGCUCGGGAUGGAAGUUACUGCGAAAUACAAAAGACUUGGGGCCUGCGGCUAUGCCGCCGAGCUGGUUCGCCGGGCCCAGGAAGGCGACGGGUCGGCGUUUCGGGAAUUCUUCGACUUCGUUAAGGUGUUUUCGGGUGACCUGAAGGCAGUAAGGGCAUCGGAUUAUCACCAUCCUCGUUUUGUGGAGAUGUUAGAGGUGCAAUGGACAAGCGAGAAGGUGGACGAGGCGUUGCAGAGCGUCAUCUCGACCGAAAAGGAAAGGCGAGCAAAUGCACAACAGAUCAAGCGGGACGUGCUGCGCGCCACACAAGAGGCGGGUAAAGAAUGCACUUCAGCGGCAGGAGCAGUUGAUUUGAAGCUCAUGGAACAGGUUCUUGCGUUGCUGUAG